AUGGGAGGGAAGAGAGGGCAGACACUAAAAGAAGAGAGCGCCAACAUAACAGGCGGGCAAGCAACGAAGGACACACCGGGGACUGAAAAGGUAAAGAAGAGAGGGCGCCCACCAGGUAAAACAGAUGAAACAAAAAAGAGGCUAGGUCACGAAGGGAAAGAGGGGGAACUGUCAAAGGGAGAGACACGAAAUGCGAGGAAAAACCAGGCGAAAAAUUUAGAGGCAUAUUUUAAUAAAACUGGACAGGAGGAAGACCAGGGAAAGGGACAAACCCAACCCCCAAGCACAAAUAAUGGGGUGGAAGAAAAGGGGGAGGAAAUGACAGGAAAAGGAAUGACAGAAAAAGAGGAAAAUAUACAAACAACAGAAAGGAGAGAGGCUAGGAAUCAGGAAGAAGAGGAUGGAAAAAAGCUACAGGAGGAGGCAAUCCCAGUAGGGGGAAAGAAAAAAAUCCCAAGAACACCAGAAGGGCAGUCACCGCUGAGCCUGAAGCUGAACAGAAACCCAGGGAGGACCCAGACCGACGGCGGAGCACCCACAGCAACCCAAACGGAGGAACCGUGGAGAAUCAGAGGAGAUGAGGACGAGGACGACCCAGAGGAACACUCGACCUUAAACCCAAACACAGAAUGCGUAAGAAGGACACUCCUCACAACGCCCACAUCGCCCAGCUCUACAUGGGCUGGCUCCCUUGUAAAUACAACUCCUUCCCCCAGAAGGGGCGACGAGGGCGAGGAGGAGGAGGGGGAGGAUCAACAACGGAAACAGAUAGACGAGAACCUGGCAAAAAAGAUAGCACAAGACGUGGCAAGGAAAAUUGGCGAAGAAAGAGGAGGAGAUGAAGAGAGUAUGGAAGCAACUCCCCGACGUGUAAGACGAGAACAAGAAGCUCGAGCGACAGUUGGCAAGCAAUCAGAAACGGCUGGAAGAAUGGGUGGAAUUUGCGAGAGAGUGGAAAAGAAAGUAUGA